GCGGGUUAAUAAGGAAAUAGUCAAACCCGGUAUUGUGUGGCGAGCAACAGAAAUUGCGUCUUCUACACAGUUCUCAAGCAUCAAAACAGGGUUUUUGCUAGGGUUUUAAGUUUGGCUGCUCUGACUGAUGCCAUCGACCCUUAUUAUUCCCACUCAGUAAAUCUCCAUAGAAUCCGAGCUCAAGCUUUACAUAAUGGUCCCUACCAAUGGCGCCAAGGUUCUUCGCUUGUUGACUCGUCGAUGUCUCUCCUCAACGCUUGUACAAGAUUUUGCCAAUCAAAAACUCAGGGGAGUAGCUGUUGGGAGUUUUCGGAGAUUGACUACAGGUACUGGCAAUCCUGCCAAAGUGAUUGGGGAUUGCGCUUCGAAAUCUGGGCAUGAUCGGAAAUGGAUCAACUUUGGAGCUUUUAAUUCUAAUUUUGUUCCAACAAGGUCUAUUCAUGGAACAGGUUCUUCAUCUAUGUCCUAUAAGGAUUACUAUGAACUUCUUGGAGUGAGCAAGAAUGCUCCGGAAGGUGAAAUCAAGAAGGCUUAUUAUGGGCUUGCUAAGAAACUCCAUCCUGAUAUGAAUAAAGACGACCCAGAAGCUGAGAAGAAGUUCCAGGAAGUCUCAAAAGCAUAUGAAAUUUUGAAAGAUAAGGAGAAGCGUGACCUGUAUGACCAGGUUGGUCAUGAUGCAUUUGAGCAAAAUGCUAGUGGUGGCUUUCCAGGUGAUGCAGGCUUCGGUGAAGGGUUUAAUCCAUGGGACAUCUUCGGACCGAACUUUGAUAUCUUCAACCGGAGGCAAGAAUUCGGAGGUCAAGAUGUCAAGGUUCUCCUCGAGCUUUCUUUUAUGGAAGCUGUUCAAGGAUGCUCCAAAACUGUGUCUUUUCAAACCGAACUGGCUUGCAAUACUUGUGGUGGACAAGGAGUUCCUCCUGGUGCCAAACGUGAAAAAUGCAAAGCCUGUAAUGGCUCUGGGAUGACAUCAAUGAGAAGUGGUAUAUUAAGCAUCCAAUCAACUUGCCGGAAGUGUGGUGGAGCUGGUCAAACGUUCUCAAGUGUUUGCAAAUCCUGUAGAGGGGCUAGAUUGGUUCGAGGACAGAAGACAGUGAAAGUCAAUAUUGAUCCAGGGGUUGACAAUAGCGAUACCUUAAAGGUGGCAAGGGCGGGUGGGGCUGAUCCUGAAGGUGACCAACCUGGAAAUCUUUAUGUUAUUUUCAAGGUUCGUGAAGAUCCUGUGUUCCGCAGAGAGGGAUCAGAUAUCCAUGUGGAUUCUGUUCUCAGUGUAACUCAGGCCAUUCUUGGAGGAACCAUUCAAGUUCCAACUCUCACCGGUGAUGUUGUCGUGAAGGUCCGUCCUGGAACCCAACCUGGUCAGAAAGUAGUGCUAAGAAAUAAAGGUAUUAGAGCAAGAAAGUCGACUAAAUUUGGGGAUCAAUACGUGCAUUUCAACGUCAGCAUCCCAGUAAAUAUAACGCAGAGACAGCGUGAACUACUUGAGGAAUUCGUUAAAGAAGAACAAGGUGAUUGUGAGCGUCGCACGGCUUCUGGAUCUUCCCAGUGAAAAAAAAAAGGAGCAAUUUUUAUGGCUAUAUCAGAAAAUUGUCGAUCAUCAGUAUAUCAAUCAGACAUGAUUGCUAUUUAUAUUGUGUAGGAUUAGUAAAAGUAUUGUUUUGAUUUUCCUUUUAAUUAUAUUUUUACGUUGCUAGAAGAUAAAAAGAAGAACAAACGUGCGAUAUUAUUGCCAGUUCUUUGCUUCUCAAAGUUUCGAGGUCUAUAGAUACUGUUCAUCUUUUCAUUGUCGUCGCAGAACAACACUUUUUGUCAAUGUCAAGUUUUUAAGUAUCGGGAAUUUUUGCAGCUAACAUAUUUUCGUAAUAAGUGUUUUCUAACUUCACGAAAUAGAAUUGUAUAACUUUAUCAUUAAUGUGGAAUGUUUACAUUUAUCUGAAACCAAUUCGGUUACCUGCAACAUUACUAUCGGUUUUACAGAAGGAAACAAAUUAUUUGAAAAGAUAAUGGUAAUGUUUUUAAUUCUAAAAGUAACAAGUUCCUUUUUCUGAACACAAUUCUCUGGAUACAAAUCAUACAAUGAACAUGGAAGGUCGCAUACGGACAUCGAAUCUCCACUAUCUCCCGCCAUAUCACACAGCAACAACACUAAAGAGAAACGAAAAGAAAAAGGAGACGUGGUUCCUUCUUCUUGUCAUUUGUCGGAAGAAUCGUAAUGGAGUUGCCAGUUGUAGAUCUGUCGCGUUACCUACAGUUCUCGGACGGUGAGUCGGUUUCUGGUCUGGGUACUGACCUUCUUGACUCGUGCCGAGAGGUGAGUCGGAUCCUAAAGGAAACCGGAGCUCUACUGGUCAAAGAUCCGAGAUGCAGCGCUCAAGACAACGAUCGAUUCAUUGAUAUGAUGGAGACGUAUUUCCAGAUGCCCGAUGAUUUCAAGCGGUUGCAAGAGAGACCUAAUCUGCACUAUCAGGUUGGUGUGACACCGGAAGGAGUUGAAGUUCCGAGAAGCUUGGUUGAUGAAGAGAUGCAAGAAAAAUUCAAGACAAUGCCCAAAGAAUACAAACCACACAUUCCUAAAGGACCAGAUCACAAGUGGAGGUACAUGUGGAGAGUAGGUCCUCGUCCAUCAAACACACGCUUCAAGGAGCUCAACUCUGAGCCCGUCAUACCAGAAGGUUUUCCGGAAUGGAAAGAAGUAAUGGACUCAUGGGGUUAUAAGAUGAUAUCAGCUGUGGAGGUAGUUGCUGAAAUGGCAGCAAUCGGGUUUGGUUUGCCCAAGGAUGCAUUUACAUCACUCAUGAAGCAGGGUCCUCAUCUUCUUGCUCCAACGGGAAGUGAUCUUAGCUGUUACAACGAGGAGGGCACGAUAUUCGCAGGAUAUCACUAUGACCUCAAUUUUCUAACAAUUCAUGGAAGAAGUAGGUUCCCUGGUCUAUACAUUUGGUUAAGGAAUGGGGAAAAAGUUGCGGUUAAAGUUCCCGUAGGCUGCCUCUUGAUUCAAACCGGAAAGCAGAUAGAAUGGUUGACUGCUGGAGAAUGCAUCGCCGGAAUGCAUGAAGUCGUUGUUACGAGCAAGACUAUGGAUGCAAUCAAAUUAGCAAAAGAACAAAACCGAAGCCUAUGGAGAGUUUCCUCGACUUUGUUUGCCCACAUUGCCUCUGAUGCCGAGCUGAAACCUUUGGGACAUUUUGCGGAAUCAUCACAGGCAAGCAACUAUCCGGCGAUACCUGCGGGAGAGUACGUUGAACAAGAGCUCUCUGUGAUCAAUCUAAAAGGAAAGAAGGGAUUUUCAUAACUUUCCUACUUCAGUCACAAACCAGUUGCUUCCUCCUGAUUCUGAAGCUUUGAAGCCUCUGCUUUUUGUUGAAGUCGGUUGAAUUUGGGGCUUCUACUUGUUUUAUUUAAACGUUUCAAAUGUUUCUUUAACCAUAUUGUUGGCUAGCCACAUCAGUCAAAACCAAAUCUCCAAGUCAUUAUACACACGAUAUCACAAUUUGGUUAACUAUGCGCCUACUUAUAUGACAGUCUCUUACACGGUUUAGCUUCGUUGUCAUAAUCGAAAAAAGAUUGUAUGUGUGUAUAGUGAAUCAACACAACUCAGAUCAGUAUAUAUCUGUGACUCUUUCACCUCUAUCAUCAACAGCUUACAUACAAAGUAGACACAUUAUUUAUGCAGUCAAAACAGAGGAUAAAAUCAAGUCACAAAGAACGGGAAGAAAAAAAAGAAGAAGAGAGAAGAUGAUUCUAUGAUGUUCCACAACAACCCUUUCCUUUAGUUUCAGUCUCUUCUCCAGGAACAACGAUCUUGGUUCCUUGAAGGAGUGAAGAGUCCCCUCCAGAUUCUCCCUCCUCAUUGGCAACAAGAUUCUUUUUGCUCACUAUUCGGUAGAUUUCAGUCAGAACCGUGAGAAAAGAUAGCUCGACAUUGAUCGAAUCCAGUGCUGAUGUCUCCAUGAAGAAGAGGUUCUCUCUUUGAGCAAACUCUUUGGCAUCCUCGAUUGGCACAGCUCGAAGCGUGCCGAGAUCAGUCUUGUUACCUAUGAGCAUAAUCACAAUGUUUUUGUCCGCGUGCCCUCUCAGCUCUUCUAACCACCUCGCAACAUGAUCAAAAGACUGUCGUUUUGUUAUGUCGUAAACAAGCAUUGCACCUACUGCACCUCUGUAGUACGCACUCGUCACCGCUCGGUACCGUUCUUGACCAGCAGUGUCCCAUAUCUGAGCUUUGACAGUUUUUUUAUCGAUUGUAAGUGUCCUCGUCUGGAACUCGACGCCGAUCGUUGCCUUGGAUUCGAUACUGAACUCGUUCCUAGAGAAUCUAGCGAGAAGCUGAGAUUUUCCAACCGCAGAGUCGCCAAUCAAGACUACCUUGAACACAUAAUCGAUCUUCUGAUUGAAAUUGCUCUGAAGAUUUGACAUCCUUCCCUGCUCUCCCCCCUAAAAUCGGAGCUUUGUAGAGCUCGAAGAGGCGAUCGAAUGAACUUCAGAGACGAAGAAGAGGAUUUAGCGCAAGAUCUGUUGAAUCAUCUGAUGAGAGACAGAGGAGACGAGAUCUAGUUGGGUCAGCACGUUAGAGAGAAUGACCGGGAAAAUUGUUUGACCGAUUAUAAAAGCAGAAAGUGGGUUGCGACUUGCGAGAAUCGUUCGACGUGAGGGGAAGAAACGAGGAGGGAACGCCAACCAAC